AUGCCACUUAACAUCGUUUGGAAUCCCCCUCCACACGAGGUUACUGUGCCAUACCCAGAAGGGUCAAGCUUUGCCGACCAACAUGCGGCACUGGUCAAGGCAAUGACCGAAUAUGUGGCAAAGGUCAACUACGGCCCGCAAAAGUUCUUUGCCACCCAGUCCGAGGCUGCUCGAACGGCGGAGGACUUUGCGUUCCACAGCUUGAAGCCCCUCAGCGUGGUCCAGCUGCACUACCGCUGGUGGGCGCAGACGGAACCGCUGACCUUGGAUUACCUUCACCGGACGGGCAUCAGCAAGCCGGUAGACGACAAGCAGCCGGGCUUCCGCCUGUACGCAAAGCUCCUCCAAGGGCAAGCACUGGCCGACAUCUUGCCUGAGGUGCAGGCCUCGGACAAAGAGCACGUCUCGGCAUGGGGUUCCCUCAUGGAGACACGUAUGGGUACUCCAAUUCCCAAGGACGUUGCUCAGUUCCUCGUCGACGAUGGGUUUUUCAAUCGUCGCAACAGCCCGGUCCCGGACCUCGCCAAUCCGGUCACGCCAUCCUCAACCUGCCUGCUCCAAGAGGCGUCCAUCUUCCAAAUCGGCCGCAAUCUGUCGACCAUCAAUUGA